AUGACAGAAGUUGAACCGGGCCGCGGUUCUCUGCCUUGCGCCCAGCGUAUGCUUGCGAAUGCUUCCCAAGAGGAAGCCUUGAACCUCGACCCGAACCUCUGCCGACCAUUUCCGGCAUUGUCUACUACAAGCACAAACAAGGGUAGAAACAAACUGACACGAUGGUGGAGGAGACACGUCGGGAUGGCUGUGCCGCAUGCCAAGUGCCGCGACCACCUAGCAAAUGAAAGAACAUUCCUAGGCUAUCUUCGCACGAGUCAGGCUUUCGCUGUCCUGGGUGUCGUUACUGCUCAGGUAAUGCGGCUUCAGCAUAGCCUUGCCCCUAGUCCCAUCAUAGGGUUUUUCGUCAUCAGUAUACCGCUGUCCUGCGUAUGCCACGGAACUGCAAUAGUCAUCACCGCUCUGGGUGCUUUGAGAUUCCUCAGAUGUCAGAAGGAGAUGGCCCGAGGGUAUGCCUUAGCUGGUGGUUGGGAGAUCAAGUGUAUCGGGACGCUCACAACUUUGGUCAUCUUUUGCAUGUUUGUGCUUGUCCUGGCUAUCACCAUUGAGAAGAGUUGA